ACGGGCAGACGGCACACUCUUUCCCAAGCACUGUGCCAGCCGGGAUGAUGCCCGGCCUGAGCCUGCCCUGCGCCCUUCUCCUCGUCUCUGCCCUGAGCCCUGGCUCCCAGACCUGGGCUCUGCAGGUGAAUCCUGGCCCACCCUCAGUGACGGUGCCCGUAGGGGGCAUAGCCCAGCUGCCCUGUGAACACGACGGGGGCCCCAAUGCCAACGUGACUUGGUGGCGAGUCAUUUUGGGCAACUUCUCAUGGCCCAAAGUCCAGGUGGCGAAGGAGUCUGAGCUCAAUGGGACCCUGAUCCUCUGGGGAGUGAAAAAGAGCGAUGGAGGCGUCUACCAGUGUCGGGUCUCCAUCAGGGGCAACCCAGCCUCGGAGUCCUGCGGCACCUACCUCAGGGUUCGAGAGCCAAUACCUAGACCCUUCCUGGACAUGGGAGAGGCCACCAAGAACAGGAUUAUCACUGCAGAGGGAAUCAUUCUGCUUUUCUGCGCUGUGGUCCCGGGGACCCUCCUGCUCUUCAGAAAGCGGUGGCAGAAUGAGAAAUACGCUGUGGACCACCUGGACUACUAUGAUGAUGAGAACCUGUAUGAGGGCCUUAACCUCGAUGACUGUGCCAUGUAUGAGGACAUCUCCCGGGGCUUGCAGGGGACCUACCAGGAUGCCACCACCCUCAGGGUGGGGGAUGUCCAGCUGGAGAAGCCGUGAGGGCCCUGCGUGAAGUCUCUAGCUUCGACCUGCCUUAACCUGCCCCGUUUAGGUCUUCUGACUUGUCCCGCUCUCCGUCUCCUCGGGACCAGAUGGUUUCCAAGGUCCUUCCCAGCUCUGACGUUCCAUGUUCCUAAAUCUGUCCCCUUUGCCCUCUCCUCCCCUCCCUUCCUGGCCCUUACUUCUAACUUGCUCCCCCGUAAUCCAGGAGAUGCCUGAAGCAGGAUCCCCCCAAAGCCCCCCAAGCUUUGUCAUGGCCACUAAUGAUCUAAUAAAUGUGGGGCCCGUUGGGAAGAAGGGGCUCCAUUCGCAGCA